AGAAAAGGAGGGAGAGAGCGAGUGAGAUUGUGAGAAGAGGUUUUCGGUGCAAAGCGAGAAAGGGAGCGAGAGAGAGACAGAUAUCUUUAUUCUUCUUCUUCGCGCGGCGGAACCCUAGCAAGCAGCGAAGUGAGCCAGCCCUCUGGGGCGUCGGAAGAUCCGGGCUUGGUCGGGGAACAUAUAGUCAGGAGAGGGAAGGUGGAACAGAGGAUGAGUAGCAAAGGAGGAGGCAACAAUGGUAAAGGUAGCAAUGGGAUAUCGGGGAUUCCAACGGCGUCGAGGAAGAUGGUGCAGAGCUUGAAGGAGAUUGUCCAUAAUUUCCCUGAGCAUGAGAUCUAUGCGAUGCUUAGAGAGUGUAACAUGGACCCCAACGAAGCUGUUAGUCGCCUCCUCUCCCAAGAUCCUUUUCAUGAGGUGAAGAGCAAACGAGAAAAGAAAAAAGAGAGUAAGGACACAAUUGAUACCAGGUCACGUGGGACAAAUAACACAUCUAGUCGUGGUGGCAGGACUGGCACUGACCGUUAUGGGGGACGUAGUGGCACCAACCAACUAGGUAGUAAUGACUCUGGUCUCCUGCAGGGAAAACCUUUGCACAAGAGGGAAAAUGGAACACAUGUUUAUGGAGGCUCUACGCCUUCUGCAUCCAGUAGUGCAGGGAAUAAUGUCAACCGGUGGCCAUCCUCCUACAGUGAUUCUGUGGCCACUGAAAAUAAUAAAGUAUGUGGCAUAGGCGUGGUUGAUGGGCUAUCUUCUGCAUCACAUCGUGCUGGAUCGCAUUCUGCUUGGAUGGGGAGCUCUGGCCAAAUGUCAAUGGCUGAUAUUGUUAAAAUGGGCAGGCCACAGGUUAAGGCUUCCAUGCCUAACUCUUCUAUCCAUAGUAGUAAUCAUCAAAAUGUUUUGGCUCCUCCAGCAGCAUCGCAUCACAAUUUGCAUCCAAUGCAAAAUCAUGCUCCAAAGGUUUCGGAGACAAACUAUGAUCAAGACUUUACUCUAAGCCAGAGUGUCUCACAGAAUAAUGAAUGGCCUUCAAUUGAUCACCAUCAAGCUGUUAACGUAUCUUCCGUUGUUGAUAUGCAUGCAAAUUCUGAUCUCUAUGCAAACUCAUCUAACUUGGGUGAAGCUAAUUGGCAGCAGACAUCCCACUUUGAUGAACAUGUCGAUGGAGGUGGUCCUGUUGAGAAUGCAGACAAUGUUGAGCCUGCUUCAGUGUCUGCUAAAAGCGUAGCAGACGAGAAUGUUGGAGGUGCAUCUUUUGAUGGCAAGUUGUACAAGGAUUUAAAUUCUUAUCAAUCUCACUGUCAUCCUUUUGAUAAUAAUGAAGCUGAAAAUGGUAUUUCAUCAGUGGCUGCAAACAUGGAGAAGCUAAAUUUGCACCAAGAUGAUCAGGCGUCAGAAUCAGAAGAGGGCCAUCCGUCUGUAGUGAUUCCAAAUCACCUACAACAUCACCAUCCGGAAUGUUUGAAUUUGAGCUUUGGAAGUUUUGGAUCCGGAGCUAAUGCUGCAUUUUCUGGAUCCGGGCAAUUUGCUUCUAGGCCCUUGAAAAACGACUUGGAGGAGGCAUCUGCAACAACAGAUGCUUCAACAAUUGAGCCUUCAGAUGCAAGGAAUUCUGACUAUUAUGGAGAUGAACAUCUUACUACUACUUCAGAUGGAAAUUUGGUGCAUAGAACUGGUGUAGGGGCUGAAACAUAUGAAUCUCCUUCCAUUUCACAACCAGAGGUUUUAAGUUCCACACCGGUUGAAACUGCUCCAGGAAAUCAAUAUUCAUUUCCUCAAUCUUCACAAGGAUUUACUUAUGAAAACACCCAGCAACCAGAUGUCACGUUUCCUCAUUCACAGACAAGUUCACAGAUGCAAAACCUUGCUCCCUUCUCUAGUGUUAUGGCAUAUACAAAUUCCUUGCCGAGCGCAUUGUUGUCUUCAACAGUUCAAACAUCAAGGGAGGAUAUCCCAUACUCACCCUUCCCUGCAGCACAGUCAAUGCCGGCAAAAUAUAGCAACAUUGCAUCUUCAAUUGGUGGUCCCACUUUAUCAGUUUCAGAGGCUCUAAGAGCAAGCAGCAUCUCGACACCUCAACCUAACCCACAACAAUCCUUGCCUGGUGCUGGCAUUGCCACUGGACCUGCACUUCCUCAACAUCUUGCUGUGCAUCCCUACCCCCAACCUACGGUUCCUUUGGGACAUUUUGCUAAUAUGAUAAGCUAUCCAUUCUUGCCUCAGAGCUAUACCUAUAUGCCUUCAGCAUUUCAGCAGGCUUUUGCUGGAAAUAGCACAUACCACCAAUCUCUUGCAGCAGUCCUUCCACAGUAUAAAAACAGUGUUUCUGUCAGCAGCUUGCCCCAGUCAGCAGCUAUUGCAUCUGCAUAUGGUUUUGGAAGUUCCAACAGCAUUCCUGGUGGGAACUUCCCCUUGAAUCCACCUGCUGCUCCCACUGGCACAACGAUUGGCUAUGAUGAUAUUAUUAACUCACAGUACAAGGACAAUAAUCAUUUGAUAUCGCUGCAGCAGAAUGAUAAUUCUGCCAUGUGGGUACAUGCACCUGGCUCCCGAACAAUGUCUGCAGUUCCAGCAAGCACAUAUUACAGCUUUCAGGGACAGAAUCAGCAAUCCAGUGGAUUUCGGCAAGGCCAGCAACCGUCACAGCAUUUUGGACCUCUAGGCUAUCCUAAUUUAUACCAUUCUCAGACAGGUGUUUCUCUGGAACAUCAGCAGCAGAAUCCUAGGGAAGCAUCCCUUGGCGGAUCUCAAGGCCAACAAGCCACCAAGCAGCCCCAGCAACUAUGGCAAAACAGCUACUAAUCCUAUGUCCCCUGGUUUUUCAGGGUCUGGGUGACUUAAAAAAGUGGCCAAUCAGGGGCGUUAUGGUCUAAUAAUUUAAAAUGUAUCAUUAUUUGGUCUAAAGAGGCCUUGACUGGCUGCUGCCCUGUGCCACGAGGUUGUAUUCUACACCACUACUGUCGUGAUGUUUAACGUAGGAACUAAGUGUGCUAAUUUGGUCUACUUUGUACGUUUUUCAACCUUUAUACUGUUCUCUUACUGGUUAUAGUGGAAAGUUCUUUGCAUACUGCCCUAUCCACCGUCUUCUC